UUCCGUCGGCGUCGGCGGCGGGCUCUUCGCGGCCCUGUGGCGGCGGCGGAGCUGGUGGAGGAAGUCCACGGCCUGCAGGGGCUCUCACUGCCCCUGGGAAGCCGCGACCGGGAACCCGGGUGGCCCGGGACCUGAGGCGGCGGCGGCGAGAGCCCUGAUGCGGAUCACCAUAUGAGACGGUUUAAGCGGAAGCAUCUUACAGCCAUUGAGUGCCAACAUCUCGCUCAGAGUCACUUGGCUGCGUCCCAGUCCUUUGGUCAAAGAUGGACAAGCAGAGACCCGAACCACGGUCUCUAUCCUAGACCCAGAACCAAAAGAGGGACCAGGGGGCGAGGAUGCCUGAGAUACAGCCGUGACUUCUUCCUCGCUGGCCGGCAGCAGUGCACCAAUGACAUGGCCAAAAGCAAUUCUGUGGGCCAGGACAGCUCUAAGGACGCAGAGGAUGAAAUGAUCUUCGCGGCAGGGAGCCCCUGUGCCCUGCCUCCAGGGGGAGACGGAGAGGCCAGGCUGCACUCGCCAGGCUCCGCUUUGCCUGCAAGGAAGCGGUCUCGGUCCUUAGAGGACGAGAGGAAUCCAGCCUCAGGGACCAGUCCGUGGGAUGGGGUGUCUAAGAAGACCCCAUGGCAUCACUCGUCCCCAUCCUGCACACGGCCCAGGGAAGCCAGUCCGGAAGCAGAGGUCGGGGUGGGGCAGCUCAGCGUGCAGCCUGGAGAACCCAGCCAGGAGGUGGAGGACAUUGGUCCAGACCCUGUUCCUGACCCUCACUAUGGGCUCCUUGGGACCUUGCCCUGCCAGGAGCCCCCGAGCCACAUCUGCAGCCUGCCCAGCGAGGUCCUGAGGCACAUCUUUGCUUUCCUGCCCGUGGAAGACCUCUACUGGAACCUGAGCUUGGUGUGCCGCCUCUGGAGGGAGGUCAUCAGCGAUCCGCUGUUCAUUCCUUGGAAAAAGCUGUAUCACCGAUACCUGAUGAAUGAAGAGCAAGCCGUCAACAAGGUGGAUGGCAUCCUGUCGAGCUACGGCAUAGAGAAGGAGUCGGACCUGUGCGUGCUGAACCUCAUCCGCUACACAGCCACCACGAAGUGCUCCCCGAGUGUGGACCCUGGACAGGCAUUGUGGAGUCUGAGGGAUCACCUCCUCCUCCCUGAGGCAGAGGCCUGCGUGCGCCAACACCUCCCUGACCUCUGUGCUGCCCCUGCCGGCAUCAACGUGUGGGCCUUGGUGGCGGCCAUCGUGCUCCUGUCCAGCAGCGUCAGCGACAUCCAGCAGCUGCUCUUCUGCCUGCGGCGGCCCAGCUCCACUGUGACUGUGCCAGACGCCACCGAGACCCUGUACUGCCUCGCCGUGCUGCUCUACGCCAUGCGGGAGAAGGGGGUCAGCAUCAGCAACCGGAUUCACUACAACAUUUUCUAUUGCCUGUAUCUUCAGGAGAAUUCCUGUGCUCAGGCCUCAGGAGACAAAGAGGAACCAUCAGUCUGGUCGGGAAAGAAAACAACCAUCCAGCUGACACAUGAACAACAGCUGAUCCUAAGCCAUAAGAUGGAGCCUCUCCAGGUGGUGAAAAUAAUGGCAUUUGCAGGCACCGGGAAGACCUCCACGCUGGUCAAGUAUGCUGAGAAGUGGUCUCAGAGCAGGUUUCUAUACGUGACCUUCAACAAGAGCAUCGCCAAGCAGGCAGAGCUCGUCUUCCCCAGCAACGUCAUCUGCAAGACCUUCCACUCCAUGGCCUACGGUCACAUCGGGCGCAAGUACCAGUUGAAGAAGAAACUGAAUCUCUUCAAGUUAACCCCCUUCAUGGUCAACUCCGUCCUCACUGAAGGGAAGGGUGGCUUCAUCAGGGCCAAACUUGUGUGCAAGACUCUGGAAAACUUCUUCGCCUCUGCCGAUGAGGAGCUGACAAUUGACCACGUGCCCAUUUGGUGCAAGAACAGCCAGGGGCAACGAGUCAUGGUGGAACAGAGCGAGAAGCUGAAUGGAGUCCUCGAAGCGAGCCGGCUUUGGGACAACAUGCGGAAGUUGGGCGAGUGCAAGGAGGAGGCUUACCAUAUGACACACGAUGGCUACUUGAAACUCUGGCAGCUCAGCAAGCCCCUGCUGGCCUCUUUUGACGCCAUCUUUGUGGACGAGGCCCAGGACUGCACGCCAGCCAUCAUGAACAUCGUUCUGUCUCAGCCCUGUGGCAAGAUCUUCGUGGGAGACCCCCACCAGCAGAUCUACACCUUCCGCGGCGCCGUCAAUGCUCUGUUCACGGUCCCUCACACACACGUCUUCUAUCUCACACAGAGUUUCCGGUUUGGUGUGGAGAUAGCCUACGUGGGAGCUACCAUCUUGGAUGUCUGCAAGCGAGUGAGAAAGAAGACAUUGGUUGGAGGCAACCAUCAGAGUGGCAUCCGGGGUGACUCGAAGGGGCAGGUGGCUCUUCUGUCCCGCACCAACGCCAACGUGUUUGACGAGGCUGUCCGGGUCACAGAGGGAGAGGUGCCUGCCCGGAUUCACUUGAUCGGGGGGAUUAAAUCGUUUGGAUUGGACAGAAUCAUUGAUAUUUGGACACUUCUCCAGCCAGAGGAAGAACGGAAGAAACGAAACCUCGUCAUUAAGGACAAGUUCAUCAGGAGGUGGGCGCGCAAAGAGGGCUUCAGCGGCUUCAAGCGGUACGUGACCGCGGCUGAGGACAAGGAGCUGGAAGCCAAGAUCGCGGUCGUGGAGAAGUACAACAUCCGCCUUCCAGAGCUGGUGGCGAGGAUAGAGCGGUGCCACAUAGAGGACUUGGACUUCGCAGAGUACAUCUUGGGCACCGUGCACAAGGCCAAGGGCCUGGAGUUUGACACCGUGCACGUCCUGGACGAUUUUGUGAAAGUGCCCUGUGCCAGGCACAACCUCGCGCAGCUGCCCCACUUCAGAGUCGAGUCAUUUUCUGAGGAUGAGUGGAAUUUACUGUAUGUAGCAGUAACUCGUGCCAAAAAGCGGCUCAUCAUGACCAGAUCUCUGGAGAACAUUUUGACUUUGGCUGGGGAAUACUUCUUGCAGGCGGAGCUGACGAGUAACGUGCUGAAGACAGGCGUGGUGCGCUGCUGCGUGGGCCAGUGCAGCAACGCCAUCCCUGUGGACGCCGUGCUCACCAUGCGCAAGCUGCCCAUCACCUACAGCAACAGGAAGGAGAACAAGGGUGGGUACCUGUGCCACUCGUGUGUGGAGCAGCGCAUCGGGCCGCUGGCCUUCCUGACCGCCUCCCCUGAGCAGGUGCGCGCCAUGGACCGCACGGUGGAGAACGUCGUGCUGCCCCGGCAUGAGGCCCUGCUCUUCCUCGUCUUCUGAGCGCUGGGAUGCCCGGGGGGCUCCUGCCCCUGCAGACAGCGGCGUGUGGGGGCUCCCUCCCUGAGGCCAGACUCGCUCACAGAGCAUUUUCCAAGGAUGAUGACAGCAGCCAGAGUUGGACCUGCUUUGUCUUCACCCCUGGAGGUAGCCAGACCCUGCCGCCCCUCCUCCACAUCAGUGGGCCAGGAACGCGGGGGAUGGUCUUUUGAUAAAGAAAAAAGAAAACAUUUUAUGUAUUUAAACUUUUAUUACAAGGUCUCAAUUAAACAGGCAUUGUAGCACUGGCAUUCCACUGUGUGAGGCCCCUGCCUUCACCCCCACUGUUUCUGGACUUUCCGUUUCUCCACUUACUGUUGUCAAAGCUCUGUGACUCUUCAUAUCGCACGCUGAACAGAGUAGGAGGCUUUAUGUCCAGGGACAGUUGACACAUCAGAAACGAGAUGUUUCAUGCUCUGGGGAGUCGGGCACAUGUGAGACGCAGGGUGCGCCCUUUCGUCAUGGGGCUCACAGCCUGAACAGGGAGGCACUCGACACAGAAGUGCACAGUGACCAUAGCUAGACGUCUCGCGUCCCUGCAGGUGGAGCACAAGACCAGAGCGUGAGGGCGGGGCGAGGCCGGCCAGCCACCACACGGGACACAGGCAGUUGGUUCCUGGUUGGGUGCUGGGGGUGUCAGUAACACAGCUGUUCUCACAGAGGCGUGGCUUGGCCGGUGUUUGCACGUUUUCUCCAUGUAGCACAUCAGGGAUGCAGACGGCAGGUGGGGCACUGCCGGAGCUCCCCGGCUCUGGUGUCUGAGCCCAGGCCGCUGAGUGGGGAGCAGGCUUCCUGCCUUUUGCGGCUCCCCUCGUCUCUCCCACAUCGGGCCUCUAGUGGAGCUUAGUGAGCGAGCAGGCCGGUGAGGAAAGCAAGGGUGCUGGCGGACGGGGUGGCUGUGUGGAGAGGGUGAGGGCUGCGUUAACAUCUGCACGGGGGGGAGGAUUCACGCGGUGGGCCCUGGGCACAGCUGGGGAGGACUUCCUCACCCCCCUGCCGUGCUCCUGGCCCAGCCUCACUUGGUGCUCCUGGAUCACUCGGAACAAAGCAGCGAGUGGGAGGGAGUGGUUUGGAUUUGCAGGGCACAGUGUUCAGAGUCUUUCAGUAGAAGGAUUUGGGGAGGGGAUGGCUAGAGAGGGCCCCACAAACACAUUUUCUGAAAGUCUGGUUUUGCUCACUGGAGAGGAAGGCGCUUGCAGUUGUUGGAGAAGUAUAUCCUAGGCUUCCACUGAGCACCUGUUGGGCAGGCAUUCCAUGUCUGGAAUCACAUGCAGUCCUGACUCGGAGAGGGCAGUCAGGACUGUGAUGCUGUGGCGGGGGUGGGUUAGAGGAGGGCGUCCAGAGCUGGAGCCGCACUGCUGCUCUGGGGCCCAAGAGGCGUCCAUCAGAGUGGAAGGUGGGGGACCACCAGAAUGGCUGGUGCCCGAGCUGUGUUUAAUAUCAGCAUGAAUGGCUAGCUACCUACUAAAGAAGGAGAGAACCUUCUGGAAAGAAGGAGCAACGUGAAGGACAAACAUGUUUGUGGUCACGGUGCCACAGUAAAACAUCAGUGUUAGUGUUUUGGUACUUAUUUAAAAAUAACAGUAUCCAGGAAUUGAUACUGGUACUUUAUUUUUUAAGUGUUAUAUAAGAAUUUCUAAAAUGUCAGUAAAAUCAAGUAGUUGGUGUGUUUCAAAUAGAAAAGUAAUUUUUAAAUACACAGUAAAAAUAGAAAUGUUAUUUAUUUUAGUUUCUUAAGGAAAUCAGUAAUCAGUUUAUUAAGAUAGAAAUUCCUAUAUAAAAUUUAUAGUUUUGUUAAAUAUACUUAUAAAGUUAAUUAUAUUUAUUUUUAUUACAGAUUUUUUAAUUGAAGUAUAGUUGAUUUACAAUAUUAUGUUAGUUUAGGUGUACAACAUAAUAAUUUAAUAUUUUUAUAGAUUGCACUCCAUUUUAAAUUAUUAAAAAUGGUUAUAUUUCCCUGUGCUGUACAGUAUAUCUUUGUUGCUUAUUUAUACAUAAUAGUUUGCAUCUUCUAAUCCCAUACCCUUGUGUGUGAGUGUUAAAUAUCCAUUAUCAUUUUAAUAUGAGUGAUUAGAUGAAAAGAAUAAAAGUGUUAUUCAAAAAUAUAAACU